CCAAAGCAAACGCGGACACUGAACAAGAAUCGAAUUAGAUCAUUCUCUCGAGCCGUAAAUCGAACGAAGAAUUUGGCAUAGAUAGAAGAAAGAAUGAGCUGCCUUAACAGAGCUUGGAUGGCCGUCGGAGUCGCGGCGGUGCAAGGCCACUCAGACCAGGGCGUCAGGUUGAAGUCCGGCCUGAAAUCGCUCCAGUCGACCAAGAGGAUGUUCCUCUCCGGCGGAGAGUCGGCCGAUCUCCGGCCGCUGGCUGGAAUGGUCGGAUCGAAGCUCGACGGGAACGUGGCUGGCCAUCGUGACGGCGACGACGGAAGGAGACAGACCGACGAGUCGCUGAGGAACGUCAUGUACUUGAACUGCUGGGGUCAGAGCUGAGAUCGGUGAGUCGCAUAGCCGUACAUGAAUCCUUUUGGUUGGAAAGCCAGCAGAACCUUAAAGAUCGUCGCUCGCUGGAGCCUUCGGGUGGAAGAUAGGAACGACCCGGAGCGCCAUUUGUUGACUUGAAUAGGAGAAAGGUCGAGAGAGAGAGAGAGAGAGAGAGAGAGAGAGAGAGAUGUUACUGUAAAUUAUAUAUGUUAUGGAAAUGGAAAUCGGGAAAAAAAAAGAAGGGACAAUUUGCAGAGGUUCAAAUUGGAUUCUCAUCUUCUCUCCAUCUGUGUUCGGAAGUAAUCGAUAAAUCCUCAAGCCGAGCUUAAACAGAAAGGCCAUGGUCCGGAUCAGAUUAAUGCAAAAAUUGAGCUUCGGUAUGUAGCAGGAGCAUUUCAUGACUGAAAUUAAAAGAGUUGAAACUUGAAACUGGCAUAGCCAUGAACGGAUUCUGAGUGAAAAUCUUCCCAAUAUUCAACGAGGCGGAUGCGAAGAACGCAUAAUUUUUCUGUACUUCUUGUUGGGUUUGGAGGGGAGGGAUUGCUGUUUGAGUUUGUUUCGCCAUAGCCGUGGGUUCAGGUCGAACGCAGUGGAAGCUUUGACUGAACUGGGAGACUGUCUCAUUGGGGCCAAACCAGAGCCGUUCAUAGGACAGGAAGUCUAGGGGGAUGCGGUACUCCCGGGACUGCAUGAAUUUAAACUUGAACUUUGCCUAAAUUAGAAAGAGGGAAGUUUAAGGAUUUGUUUUAGUUUCUACCGUAAUGGAACAACUUUCCGUGGUCGAUGCUUAUUAAUAGGAGGUCCCUAAAAUGAGGAGAAAGGAUCUCUCUCGGGUGAGGCAGGGGAGGACGGAGCAGACAAGGAGAAUCCAUGUCUGCCGAGGAAGAGGCCGACUUGGAAAAUGAAAUCUCUUCCUCCACUCCUUCCCGGCCUCGGGGAGGAUGGAGGGCCGUCUUUUUCAUCAUCGGAAAUGAGUCGUUCGAGAGGCUGGCGUCAAUGGGCUUGAUAAUGAAUCUGUCGGUGUACCUGAAGAUAAAGUACAACAUGUAUGGGGUGUUCUUGAUCAAUGUAGUGAGCAUAUGGGGCGGUUCAUGCAACAUCUUGCCGCUGUUCGGGGCUUUCAUUGCCGAGAAGUACUUGGGCCGCUUCAAGACUCUCCUUCUGGGCUGCUCUGCAUCCUUUGUGGGGAUGUCGAUGAUGGCCCUAACAGCAGGAAUUCCUCAGCUGAGACCCGCAGCCUGUGAUCCUUUACAGCCUAAAUUGGACUGUCCAGAGCCUGCCGCUGGCCAUCUGAGUUUCCUCUUCGUGGCCCUCGGGUUCUUAGCCAUUGGAGCUGGUUGCAUUAGACCCUGCUGCAUCGCUUUUGGAGCUGACCAGUUCCAGGUCGGGACUGAGAAAGGCAGAAAGAACCUGCAAAGCUUCUUCAACUGGUGGUAUCUCUCCUUCACUGCUACUCUCAUCCUGGCGCUAUCGGUUGUAGUCUACAUUCAGACCAAAGUCAGCUGGGUCGUUGGCCUCGCGAUUCCUGCUGGCUGCUUAGCCCUUUCGGUCGUGAUCUUCGUGAUUGGCCUCCCCACGUAUGUGAUGAUGAAGCCUCAAGGAAGCGUAUACUCGGACCUGGCUAAGGUGAUCGUGGCAGCUGUAAGGAAGUCACGUAUGAGGGGCAGGGGUGACUCAGGCACGAGUCCAUCCUUCUAUGACCCUCCAUUGCCCGAAUCAGAUCCGCCAGUGACAAAGCUCCAUCACACAGAACGGUUCCGGUUCCUUGACAAGAGUUGCUUAAUCACCGACCCAAGCGAGCUGAACGCACAGGGCCUUCCAGCAAAAAGAUGGAAGCUCUGUAGUGUGCAGCAAGUUGAGCAGUUUAAGUGCCUGGUUUCAAUUGCGCCAGUGUGGGCCUCGGGGAUCGCUUGCUUCCUUGUUAUGGACCAGCAGACUGUGAAUGGCAUCCUCCAAGCAAUCCAGUCGAACCAGGCAGCCGGGCGAAACUUCAAGAUUCCACCAGGCUGGGCAGGCCUCACGAGCAUGAUUGUCCUUUCAUUCUGGAUCUUCCUCUACGAGACUGUCGCCCCAUACAUAUCAAGAAAGCUCCAAGGCAAGAGGUGCAAGAGACUCACAAUACAACAGAGGAUGAACUUAGGCAUCAUAACCUCGAUUGCCGCCAUGAUCGUUGCGGGAAUCGUUGAGAAGAGACGCCGGGACAUGGCAUUAAGAAGUGGUUCCUUCAUCUCUCCUAUGAGCAUGGCAUUCCUCCUCCCACAGUUCGCGUUGUCGGGUUUGGUUGAGGCAUUUGCUGCAAUUGCGGUGAUGGAGCUGCUUACGUCGCAUGUCCCCGAGGGCCUGAGGACUGUGGGCGGUGCUGUGUACUUCUUCUCCAUGUCCAUCGCGAGCUACCUCACAUCUUCCAUCGUGAGCCUUGUCCAUGGCCUGACUGAAAAGAACGGAAGAACGCCAUGGGUCGGGGGGCGCGACCUGAAUGCUGGGCGGCUAGACUACUACUAUUACAUAAUUGCUGCUGUGGGUUUGCUCAACUUACUGUACUUCAAUCUCUUUGCAAAGAAAUGCAUGUCCGUCGCCCUAUAGACGAGGGUCGAGGGGUUCCACUCGAGGUCGGUCUUCACAGACAGCUAGCAAAUGAAAAUUAUAACUGAAGGCUCGCUGAUAAUUUGCAGAGGGAAGCUCAAGCCAUGUUUAGUACCAAGGAAUGGGAAGAUAUCGGAAUGAAAUCACUAUCUCAAAUCCAAUGAUACAAUGCCGUGAUUCCAUCUCGUUUCUUUUACAAUCCUUCAUAUUCGAACAUCAUCUUAGGUCAUUCCUACCUCUCUUUAGCCUUUGGGUCACUCUAUCCUCCUCCGGAGUACAUUUGUAUAAUUUACCCAUUUGUAUAAUUGCCGGCUGCUUGCCGUGAUUUGAUUUUUAGUCUUAUGAAAGUCCCUAGAGCAAAAAAGAGUCGCAUUGUUGGUGUAAUAUGACUCGAUUGAUUCA